AUGGCAAGAACACGAUCCAAGCGAACCGUUGAAAGCACCGGUCCUGGAGCCGGAGAGGGAUCCCGCCGAGCGGAAACCGAAGCGGUCGGGGGCGUUGGGGGCUCAGCCCUCUCAGGGGAGCGAAGACAGCAGAUCCUCCAGUUCGUGACGGAGAACCUCCCCAUGCUGGAAGACAUAAUCCGGCAGGCGAAGGAAGGGGGCGAAGCCGGUGGCGCACAUACCUCCAAGGUGAAGGGGAAGGAAAAGGAACCACUUCCCGACCCCUCGGAGGAUGGGUCACGAGACCAGCCUCCCCGGAGGAAACGGCCACGGACUCCCCCUCGCCCCCGAGCCUCGGUGGUAGGGGACAGCGAAAGGCACUCCCGCGACAGGCCCGCGGGGAGCAGGCCGAGGGACCCCUCCCCACGGAAGCCUGCGUGGAACGAGCCUGAACGCUCUCCCACCCGAUCUGUCAAGAGCCGGCCGCGCGAUCCCUCUGUGGAAGCCUGUCCGAAACGAAAUCGAGCAGAUCCUGCGGCCACGGCCGUACGAGGACGACUACAUGACAUCGCCCUUUACCCGGGAGAUAGAAGACUACCCACUACCCCGGAGGUUCAAGAUCCCAAACAUCGAGUUGUACGAUGCCUCGACCGACCCGGAAGAUCACCUUUCGGUCUUCCUGACGCACAUGCGCCUGCAAACUGCGGCGGACGAGAUCCGCUGCAAGACCUUCCCCAUGUUCCUGAAGGGGAAGGCCCGGCUCUGGUUCCAAGGUCUGGCACCGGGGUCCAUCCGGAGUUUUCCAGAGCUGGCCAGAGUUUGUCGUCCAAUUCGUCUCUUCCAAGACCUAUUCGAAGACCGCGACUCACCUGA